AUGAAAGCCCCAUCUCUGAAGAUCCUUGAAAAUCCUUUCCCAACUCCUUCCGAUGCACAGCUUGCUCACUCAGCUAUUGUCACGAUCACCGUGCAGAGAGGGCUGGAGGGCAAAAUUCAGAGUAAAGAGCCAUCUCACAGGGCUGGGCCGGGCGGGGACUGGAGCCUUGGUCCCCUGACAUUACAAAGAAUCCCACUUCUUCGCCGUCCAGACAGCUUUCCUGCCCGCUUCGGAGGCGUCCAUUUUGUCAACCAGCCCUGGUACAUUCACGCCCUGUACACGCUCAUCAAGCCAUUCCUCAAGGACAAGACCAGGAAACGGAUUUUCCUGCAUGGAAACAACUUAAACAGCCUCCACCAGCUAAUACACCCUGAAUUUUUGCCGUCUGAAUUUGGAGGAACCCUUCCUCCUUAUGACAUGGGAACUUGGGCCCGGACACUGCUUGGACCUGACUACAGUGAUGAAAAUGAUUAUACGCAUACUUCCUAUAACGCAAUGCAUGUGAAACACACAUCGUCCAAUCUGGAGAGAGAAUGCUCACCCAAGCCGAUGAAGAGAUCUCAGUCGGUGGUGGAAGCUGGGACCCUGAAACAUGAGGAGAAGGGAGAGAACGAGAACACCCAGCCUCUCCUAGCUCUGGACUGAACCCCGAGCCACCCUGUGCUCCUGCGCAUCGCCAGCCCUCAGUGGCAUGAGCCACCAGGAAGCUCAUGUGCAACUGACCCCACAACACAUGCGUUCGGCUCGACCCAAGGGCCUCCACUCCUGCCACCCAGUAAUGACUGUCACCAGCCAUUGGUCUGAGCAGCCAAAGUUGAACGAAGACUUGAGAGAUUUUUUUUUUUUUUUUCCAAUGAGGGAACUGGAGGAUGAAGUAAGGCCAUUAUGUGAACAAGAUUCGCACUCCGCCCCAUAUUUAUGGUGUUAAAUGGAUUGAAAAGAGACAAACUCAAUUUGAUGCACACACUUCAUUAGGACAAGGAUUUUUCUGAGGCAUUGCAGAGACCCUCUCUAGUUUUUGCAAUUUAAGACUGAGUACAUUUCCAAGUAGAUACGUAGGAAUUAAACUGUGCAGACACAAUUGUCAAGUUUAAUGUAGAGCAAAGCCCCAAGACAAUAGCGUCUCCAGUAAUUUCCAUUUCUAUAUUGAACUAUUUUCUUUGACCUCAUCACCAGCAUCAAAUUUCAAAUUAUUCAGCCUGAGAGUAUGUUCUUGUAGGUCUGGCUAUUUGCAGACUUGGUUUAUUUUGAUAUCCUGCAAAAAUGAUUUGAUGUGACAUCUUUGGUCAGGCCGCCAGAUGAUUAUCAUGAGCAGAUUUUAAACAAAGACGCACCAUUUGAAAUAUGACUAGUGCAUCUUAGCAAUGUGACUCCCCAGGGGAAAUACGUGUCCUGUGCUGGUGGGGGGGGGUGUCUCACUGAGAAAACAUGUCAGUGAUUAAUGAAUCCAUUCAAGUUGCCUCAUUUGGGUCACUACAGCAAAGAGAAGUGCUACAAAAGCAUUAAACAACCCCCACGCAUCCCCCACCCCACUCCUCCUGCAACCAGUUAAAGGUGUGGAGAAAGGGUCUGGCUGUUGCUGGGAGGGCGGGUGUUAACCAUGGAUGAAGACCCUUCAGGAUGGCUGUGUACACAAACACUGAAAAUAAGAGAAGACAAGGAAUGCAGGAUGAAAUGCCAAAGAUCAUUUUAUUUCUUUGUUUAUUAUCCUUAGAAAUGGAGUCCCCAACUGUCCAUUCAAAGGAAAUUAGAUAAAAAUAAACAGAUAUCACGGGGUAUGAUCCUGACUUGUGCCCUGUUUCCCAAAACCGGUUGUACGUUUUUAGCGCUCUCUUACUCUCCCAGCCAUCUGCAUGACAUGGGCCUUCAUGAGUAGGACCAGUGGGUGCUCAAUGUCAAAUAAAAAAUAUUUUAGUUGAUAAUGAGCAGUAAAAUAUGAUUUUAUACUUUUAAGUAUGGGGGAAGGUUAUCUGUUAGCUAAAAAUUUCAAGGGAAAGAGGUGAUUCGACUGGCCGUAACCAUGCUCAUUAGACGUUCUUAUCCAUCUUUAUCAUUUAUCACAUCUCCUCAACAGAUCUGGUGUUUUAAUUUUUUUUCUACUGACAGAAAAUAAUAACAGAAGAGAUUUUUGUAUUCUACCCUUGAAAUAAAAUUAAAACAAUUUAAAAUAUUUCUCAACCAACUGUAUCACAGUAUAAACAAAACCAAUCCAUUUUGUGUAGACAUGUCCAAUAACAAAAUAUUAACAUUGAGAUGAUUCUACCAAUGCAGUGACAGAAAUAACUUUUCUCAAAUACCACUGUAUAGGGAAGAAAAAUGAAGCAUUCAAGCAAAUUAGAAAACCCAUUUUAUGACUCGAGUUUAUAAAAUAGGUGUGGGAUCCAAGUAUUUAAAAUGCUAUUGGAGUCAAUUAUGGCCAACGUUUUGCAACAGUACUAAUAAUUCUGGCUUUUCAAUUGGCAAUAUUUAGAAUCCUACUGUAGUGACCUGAUUUCAAAUACCAUAUUAUAAUUAUUACUAAGUUAAGAGCUAGUUUUUACUCUAUUCCAUGAUUUCAUUAAACGAAUGUAAAAGGUGAUGGUUCAACAGUGACAACUUACACUUUGAAUUUCCUUAUGUGUAUGCAAUAUACAUACAAGAACCAAAUUCAGUAAGUGACAUGAAUGUUACCAUAUGAGCACUGGAUUGUAUUGUCCUUUGUCAGUCAUUUCUUCUGUUCAAUAAAUACUGAAGGACACACAUGA